AGCUCUAGGUUUGACUAUGUUUAAUGUCAGAUGGCAAUAAAGUAGAAGCUGCUGGUGAGGCCCGCGGACAUGGGAGAGCAUAAUCUGCUGAAUCCCGGCUUUGUGGGACCGCUGGUCAAUAUUCACACCGGAGACACCUUUUACUUCCCCAAUUUCAGGACCUCGGGGGGGCAGUUACCUGGGCUGCCCUCCCUGUCUUACCCUAGAAGGGACAAUGUGUGCUCCCUGCCCUGGGCAUCCACAGAGCCCUGCAAUGCCUACCCCCAGCCCUAUCUCAGCAGCCCCAUUAACCCUUCCUUCAGCAGAGCCUGUGAUCUGGCCAGGGUAGAGGACACCAAGUGCUACUACCGGGAGGCAUGUCCUGAUGCCUCCAGCCUGAAGAGAGACGAGCGCCUGAGAGACACUAACGUCCUGAUGCCCCUGGACGGAGGCAUGGGCGCCAGCACCUUCCACAGCUACGGGGCAGAGGCCGCCCCCCACGACCCUCCGUCCUGCCAGUCCCUGGAGUCUGACUCCAGCUCGUCCCUGGUCAAUGAGACCCCCAAGAACCAGAGCAGUGAAGCGGUGACAAUGGCAUCUCCGGCUCCCGGCAGCAGCAGCCUCCCCUCCUCCGGGGCUCCCUGGUAUCCAAUGCACACCAGAUCUCGUAAGAAGAGGAAGCCAUAUUCCAAGCUCCAGUUAGCUGAAUUGGAAGGGGAGUUUAUGGUCAAUGAAUUUAUCACCAGGCAACGGAGGAGAGAACUGUCUGACCGGUUGAGCCUCAGUGACCAGCAGGUCAAAAUCUGGUUCCAGAACCGAAGGAUGAAGAAGAAGAGACUCCUCAUGAGAGAGCAGGCUAUGUCCUUCUUCUAGGUCUCUGCUUCCUCAGCUCCUAUGUGGGCUUUACCUGCACAAGAAUCUUCUUACUACAACCAGAAACUGACCAGACCCAAGGUUCGUGUUUUUAAAUCACCAGCUCCAUGACUGCACAAUCUAAAGCCAAAAAAAAAAAAAA